AUGUCCUUGUAUGAUGAUGUGAUGAAGGAAGAACCAAAAACUUGGUCAUUGGCGUACUACAGACUAGGGAGCUUUUGCGAGGACGUUGAUAACAAUGCGACUGAGUCUUUCAACUCCACUAUUACCGGAGCUCGAGCUAAGGCUAUUGUACCCAUGUUGGAAACAAUAAGAAGGCAAGCAAUGGUCAGAAUUGCAAAGAGACACAAGAAAUCUGAGAGGCGGCAAGAGAAGUUUACAAAAUAUGUGGUCGAGAUUCUCAAAGCUGAGAAGGAAGAUGCCGACAAAUGCAUAACAACUCCUUGUACGCAUGGUGUGUUCGAGGUACGUCUCGGUAAUUCUGGUUACAACGUUAACACUUCUAGGAGAACUUGUACUUGUGGGAAGUGGCAGAUCACAGGAAUACCGUGUGAGCACGCAUAUGGUGUUAUGAUAGAUGCUGGGUUAGAUGUGGAGGAUUAUAUAUCUGAGUUCUUUUCCACUAGUCUAUGGAAGAUGACUUAUAACCAGUCCAUAAACACGGUUAGAGGGCCUCGGUUUUGGAUGAAAAAGGGUAGAUAUAGAUUAGUUGUAGAACCACCAGAACCUACACUUCCUGGGAGGAAAAAAAAGAGUAAGAAAAAGAAAUUCCCGAGAUUCAAAGGGAAAAAUGAAUCACCAAAGAAGAAAAAAAAGAAGGUUGUUGAAACACUUGGAAGAGAGGGACGAAUCAUGCAUUGUUCCAAGUGUGGGGAAGCCGGCCACAAUGCUCGAAAAUGCAAAAUCCACCCAAAGAAGAAGAUCAAGAUUGAAGCAGAGGACCCAAAGAAGAAGAACAAGACUGAAGCAAAGGACCCAAAGAAGAAGAUCAAGACGGAAGCAAAGGACCCAAAGAAGAAGAUCAAGACUAAAGCAAAGGAUGAAACAAAUGACAUAAAAGGUCUCUAA